AAAGGGGUUAAAAUAAAAAUAUGAAAAUGUAAAAUGUAGGUGAUGUAGGUGCCCUUUUUUUCAGCAGGCGCAAAAGAUCCAGGCUUUCUUUCUCCAUCGCGGGCGCCUGCAGAGAUAUCUCUACCUACCUAAAUGUACCUAGGUACCUACGUACCCCCAUCUUCCACUUAGUUAGGUACCUACCUAGUCAUAUACCAUAGAUUUCCCGAAAAAGUUCGGAUCCACUCCAUAUUUUUCAACGUCCAGACCAAACCUUCAACCAGCCAGCCGUCCUGUCAUAUCUCGAAAUUGCCCCAUUCCAAAAUUCCCAAACCUACGAAUAACCCGAAACCCGAAUUGGGACGGAAUUGGGUCCUGAGCUCUCUAAGCUCCCCCCCCAACCCCCCCCCGCGACGAUGGCAUCCCGACUGCCGGCCCGCUGGGCUGCCGGCCUGUCUAAGAGCUGCUUGCAACUAGGCGGCAUCAGCAGCACCACCCUCACCACCGCCACCACCAGAGUCCUCAUCACCGAAAACCAUACCCUCCUCCCGCGGACGGCGAAGCGCGGCGUCAAGUACGGCUGGUCGACGCUCAACAGGCGGACGCGGCCGACCCGCUUCAACCAGCAGAGCGCGGGGCUUCCCGCGCCCACGACGGGCCCCGCGGCCGCCCUCGAGCGCAAGAAGAUGUCGACACCCCUGCGGCCGGGCAUCCUGGCCACGAAAGUCGGCGUGUCGGCCAUGUACGACGCGAACGGGCGCCGCACCCCCUGCACCAUCCUGCAGAUGGACCAGGUCCAGGUCGUCGCCGUCAAGACCCGCGCCAAGAACGGCUACUGGGCCGUCCAGAUCGGCUGCGGCCAGAAGGAGCCCAACAACGUCACCGCCCCUCUGCUCGGCUACUUCGAGGCGAAAGGGAUCGCGCCCAAGCGCGAACUCGCCGAGUUCCACGUGCGCGGGGAGGAGGGCUUGCUGCCCGUCGGCGUGCAGCUGCAGCCGGACUGGUUCAAGGUGGGCCAGUUCGUCGACGCGCGGAGCAAAAGCCGGGGCAUGGGGUUCGCGGGCGGCAUGAAGCGGCACGGGUUCGCGGGCCAGGAGGCGAGCCACGGUAACUCCAAGAACCACCGGACGAUCGGUACCUCGGGCCCCAGCCAGGGCGGCGGUUCGCGCGUGCACCCGGGCAAGAAGAUGCCGGGGCGCAUGGGCGGGGAGCGGGUGACGAUCCAGAACCUGCGGGUGCUCAAGGUCGACAACGAGACGGGCAUCGUCGUGGUGAACGGCCACGUCGCCGGCCCCAAGGGCUGCCUCGUCAAGCUGGCCGACGCCGUCAAGAAGGACCCCCCCGCCGAGACCUUCAUCGCCAAGGCCAAGAGGAUACUGCUCGAGCGGAAUCUCGGCCACGAGCAGCACCUGGAGGCGGCGCGGCAGAGACAUCUGGAAUUAAAGGAGAUGAGGAAGGCGGGUAGCAUAGGUAACGCUGCGGCUGUGGCGACCUUGUAGAAUAAAUAGAUGAAUAUAUACUACAUCUGUACCAUGUACUACGAUGAUGAUGUACACGAAUCUCGGACCCCUA